AUGCUCAGCUCAGGUGCCGGUCAUGCCGCAGCGCGGGAGGCGGAGAGCAAGUCUGCCAGCAGUUCCGAGAAAGCCUGGCUGCGCUGGGGUCGGCCACAGCGCACCGUUUUGCUGAUGACCUAUGCAUCUGGUGAGAUAUUCCAGAAGACGCAGAGGUUGAUGGACGAGAGCCUUCACAUAGCUGAAAUCGUGGACCAUUUGAAGUUCAACGAGUCCGAAUGGGAGUCGGGAGAGCGUUUUGAUUGGUACCACAAACAUGACGAUGUAAACUUUCCACGCGGCGGCGCUUGGAAACCUUAUCUGAUAUGGCAGGCUUUUCGCCAGGUGAAGUGGGGAGACUGGCUCAUCUACCACGACUCCUCGCGGUACUACAGCCAGGGCUUCAGCAGCUCUGUGCAGCCCCUGCUCGAGUGGCUGGAGCAGAACCGCGAGGAGAACCCCUGCGAGUGUCUGCCGGUGGUCCAGAUGCGUUCGACGCUAGAGCACGAGUGGACCCAGAAGUGCGUGGCAGCCUACGGCGCCCAAAUGCCCAAAGCAGCUUUUGAAGUUUUCUGCGACGUUCUCACGAGACUGGAGCUAUGCAGGCCAGAGCGACAGACGGACUGUUGCGAGUACUACUGGCAGCAGCCGACCCACCAACACUCUUGGUCCGUCUGGCGGAAGAACCGCCGGUCGGCUCGCCUGCUGCGAGAGUGGGCGAAGUGGUCCGAGAACUACAACACUUUGGCGCCGUUGCCUCUGGUGGAUCAGAGCCUCAUUUCCCUCCUCUUCUACAGGUUCAAGAAGCAGCUGGGACUUCGAGCACUGUGGGUGCCCCGUUUGUUUCAGAAUGCUUGGAAUCAGGACAGCACUGUUUUAGUUUGGGUUUCUGGGUUUAAGGGUUCACAGUCAGGGCUUGGGGUUGAGGAUUCAGCUUGA